AUGCUGCUGGCUCACUAUGCGACCUUACUGUCAAGAUUUACGAAAUCCGACUUACUGUUAACUUCUCUAGCACUGGCUGCGUUUGCAGUUGCGCAAAGCAGUAACGACUUGGAUUGGGUUCCCUUUGACCGCGAACAGUUCAACGGGAAUGUUGCUCUCGAUGCAGAGGGAAAUGUUCAACUAUUCUGGAAAACUGCGAAUCAGUCCUCGACGUUUGGAGUUGCCUCACGAUCCAGCGGCUAUCUCGCACUAGGUUUCAGCGAGACCGGCGCGAUGACUGGAGCCGAUAUGGCCGUGGGGUAUAGAGACCAAGAUGACAACUUUGUAUUUGAGAAUCGCCAUGCGAUGGGUUUCGUUACUCCUCAAGUCUCCCAGGACCAAGAGAACAACAUGCGGCUCCAAGAGAGCCACCAGGCAGAUGGAGUUACUGCAUUCGUUUUCGAGAAACAAAACAAAGCCGGCUGUCUUCAAACCCAAGCUGACGUUGCUAAAGAUGCGUGGCAAUGGUUCAUCUAUGCGUUUUCUGAUGAAAACACCUUUGCCAUGCACGCGCCCGGCAACAUGGGCAAGGAAUACGUCAAACUAGGCACAGGCAAAAGCGUCUCUUUGAAUGAAAUUCGGGACAUUGACGGCACCCAGAACUUCACUAUUAUGCAGCCUGAACUAACUAUCCCUACUGCGGAGACUACUUACUGCUAUACUCUCCACAAGAUGCCGGCGGGGGACAAGAAUUAUUUGCUCGGUGAACGACCAACCGCGUCAAGUCAGCUGCUCCACCACUUAGUUAUUUAUGCAUGCUAUGGCCUCCCCGAUGAGUACAUGGACAUGCUUGGUAAAGAGCCCAACUGCGAUUAUGAAGAAUUCUCCAACCCCUGUAAUGGUUUUGUCACAGAAUGGGCUCCCGGCAUGUCUGGUCGCACAUUCGAGCCUGGGUAUGGCAAGCCAUUUGGCACCGAAUACUACGAAUAUGUGAUGUUGGAGACACACUAUAAUAACCCUGAGGGGCUCGAGGGCGAAAAGGACACUGCAAGCUACACGUUUCUCUACACCGAUCAGCCGGUGGACACUGAAAUCGGGACCUUGACCCUGGGCGACCUCCAAGUGGAGGGCUGGUUCCUCGACCCUGGCCAGCCGCUGGUGGCACAUUCAACAGUCUGCACGCCUGAAUGUACAGAGCGUUGGCCCUCUGACGGUAUAACAGCGGUCUCGGUCUUUCAUCACAUGCAUUACCGGGGUCGCCAUGCGCGCGUUCAGAUAAUUCGAGACGGCAAAGAGAUCACCCCUCUGUCGUCCCUUCGCAACUUCGAAUAUGACUUCCAGUUUUCCAAAAGCUUGAACUCAGUAGAAUUGCUGCCUGGCGACAAGCUUAUUACCACUUGCGAGUACGAUACCUCGAACGACACCGAGCCGGUUCCCGGUGGUCUGCCAAGCAAGCACGAAAUGUGUUUUGCCUGGGUUGACUACUACCCAGCCAACGGCGUCCUUGCCUGCACGCAAACCAGUCGGGGUGAAACAGCGGCGAUUUGUCUUGAAUCCUCCGCAGAUGGUUUGGAUGUUUACGAAUCCCCUUUCCUCACAUCCUCGUUCCAGAAUCUUCCAGUUUCUGGCAAUACCUGCCCAGCUGAAGAUUCCGGGUCUGGCGCCUCAAAUCAAGCUGCCGUCUUGAACACUUGUCCAGAGACCGAUGUAUGUUUCUCACUCAAUGUGCCCGAGCAAUCCGCGAGCUCGGGGACCGGCGACAUCUACUUUCAAUUGUCGGCACCAGUGACCUAUUCCUGGGUAGCCCUCGCGCAAGGCACGAUGAUGAGCAACGCCAACAUGUUUGUCAUGUACAGUUCAGCUGAUGGCACUAAUGUGACACUCUCGCCAAGAACUGCACCAGGCCACACGAUGCCAACACAUAACGAAGCUGCCGACGUUUCUCUACUCGACGGGUCCGGAAUAUCCAACGGCAGGAUGACGGCCAACGUCCGGUGCGGCAAUUGCGACAGCUGGGAUACAGGGACCAUGAGUCUGCAAGGCAGCAACAGUGACUGGCUGUAUGCAUAUUCCCAAGGAUCACCGAUCAACUCCGAUGAUACGAAUGUUCCUAUCUUGCAGCAUGACAGGCAGGGUGGAUUUCAAUGGGACCUGUCGCGGGCUACUGGAGGCUCCGAUACGAAUCCAUUCACCGACGCAGCAACGACCACGACCACGACCUCGGUUGGGGGACAAAAUUCAUGGCAGAGAUUAUCCACACAGACACAGAGGCGUUUCGUACAAGUUCACGGUGCUCUAGCUUCCCUCGCUUUUGUCGCCAUCCUCCCUAUUGGUGCUAUCCUUGUUCGCUUAACCAGCUUCCGCGGACUAGUCUGGACUCAUGGCGGCGUACAAGUCUUUGGCUACGUUGUCUUUGUUGUUGCAGCAGGCCUCGGAAUAUUUAUUGCGCGUGGAGUUACUUACCUCCAAGAGCCUCAUGCAAUCAUCGGCCUAAUCCUUCUCGGCAUUUUCUUCUUCAUGCCAUUUAUCGGCAUAAUCCAUCAUAGAAUAUACAAAAAGGUCCAGGAACGGACAGUGUGGUCUUAUGGCCACAUCUUCACUGGGCGGGUCGGAGUCAUCCUCGGCAUGAUCAAUGGUGGCCUAGGUCUUCAGCUGGCCGAUGCCCGCAGAUCUCACGCCAUCGUAUACGGCGUUUUCGCAGGCUUGAUCGGCGCUGUCUAUAUAGGCGCGAUCGUCAUUGGCGAACACAAGCGUGCUAAGAGGUCUUCACAAAACGGUAUGGCUUCCUCAUCGGUCUACCCCAAGUCGAAGCCGCUCGAUCAGGACGACAGUGACAGUGGCAAUGGUGCAUCUCACGAGGCUGCCAACUAG